UGGCCAGGCAGUGCAUAUUAUUAUAAAUAACAAACUCUUCAUUUUACUCCAAUCAUGCUAAUGGUUCUGUGUGGGAUCAGUUUUUUGCUCAUGUUAAAUUUUCUGGGGGAAAAAAUGCACUUUUUCAAAAGAUAUCACUUUUCCAGGCAACAUUAGGCUACAUGAACAAAAAGAAAAGAAUCUUUACUCUACAAUUUUUUUCCCUACCAUAAAUAUAGAAUAAGAAUAUAACAAAAUGAGAAUAAAAAUAUGAAUUCCACUCUGUAAAGUUUUUUGCUCAGCCCGCCUUUAUUUUGUCACACCCCACCUCUCCUUCUCUCUUUAGCUCACCUCUAACUUGCUCUUUCAGCACUUUUACCUUCUCUCACUAGCUCUCUUUUUAUUCUCAGGAUUCCUGCUGUCAGGAUACACACUUGCUUCCAGACGCCUGAAGACAGCAGGAGACAAGGAAGAGAAACACUAAACUGUCAGACAGCCGUGUCAUCAUGCAGGUUAUAAGAAUCCACUUAGUGGUGUGUAUACAUAUUUUUGCUAUCUUUAUAGUAGGUACAGAAAGUCAGUGCCCUAGUCCAUGUCACUGUCACGGUGACCUACAGCAUGUCAUUUGUGACAAUGUUGGACUGAAGAAGAUCCCUCGUGUCACUGAGGCCAGCCGCCUUGUCAACCUGCAGCGCAACAAUCUGGGUAUGCUCCCAACCGGGGGCUUCAGCGAGAUGAAGGGUCUUGUCUCCCUGCACCUGCAGCACUGCCAGAUCCGUGAGAUUGCCAAUCAAGCCUUCAAGGGCCUCAAAAAGCUAAUUUACCUCUACCUUUCUAACAACGAAAUCAGCACCAUCAAACCUGGAGCCUUUGAUGACCUCACAGAACUCACCUACCUUUACCUGGAUGGAAACCGAAUCUCAAGUCUUUCAAAAGGCAUCUUCUCCCCAAUGAUCAACCUAUUCAUCCUACAACUUGACAACAACAAGAUACGAGACCUGCAACCAGGUACCUUUACAGGUGCUAAGGUCCUUCGCUUAUUGCAUAUCAGUAACAAUGACCUAAGGUCAAUGCAGCCUGGCUCUCUUGAUGAAGUGGAGAACCUGGCCACUCUCACUCUGAACCAAAACAAGCUAUCUACGUAUCCCCUCGAGGCCUUGAGCAAGCUACGUGUUGUUGAGGAGCUAAAUUUGUCCAAGAACCCACUCACCUUCAUUCCUGACUACGCAUUCAGGAGCUUUGGACGCUAUAUUGAGAAACUGCAUCUUAAUGAUAUGGUCCUGGAAAAGUUUUCCAAUGCAGCUUUCGAGGGUGUGACAGCUCUAAAGUCUUUGCAUCUUGAGAACAACAAGCUGAAGACUCUACCAAGCAACCUGGUUUUCACUAACAUGCAGAAUCUUACCAUGUUCAACAACCCAUGGAACUGCAACUGCAAUCUAGCAGACCUUAAAAAAUGGAUGGACUCCAGUCGUCAUCGCCCUGAUGCAAUUUGUGCAUCACCACAGAAUCAAAAAGGGAAGCAAAUCCGAGACAGCAAUGUUUUUAUCAAGUGCAAAAAAGGAAAAGACAAGAAGGGAGCACGUCACUGAAGAGACUCAGAGGAGACGUCUGUCCAGGGGAUCGGCACCAUGUCCAGACAACAGACACAACACUACUUUCUACUUUAGGACUAUUCAUGUUCUUCCAAGUUCUAUGAAAUGGCCUUUGUAUGAACUUUCCAUUUAUACCAAAUAGAUUGAGAAGCAAAGCUAUUCUACACUACACCUUAGGCACACCAAAAGCUGUACACAUACUGUGCCUCUACUCUAAACAUUCUGAGGGUCUUAGAUGUACUGUAGCUUUCGGAUUAGCAUUUAAGUUUAAAAGAGGUGGUAACAUUUUUGUUAUAGCUGCAAAUUCGUCCAAGUAACAUGAAGUAACAAGUGUAAAGGACAUCAGAAUGGUUUGUCCUGAUUUAAAUCAUUUAUUCAAUUUUAACAUCAAACUGCAUAAAAGUACCUGCUUAAGCAUGUUGAUUUUUACAAUAUGUAAUCUUUACAACCUCUUUGAUCCGAGAUUAGUAUAAAAUUUCAAGCAUAAAACAUAUGAAUGACCCAUAACACUACAGAAAGCUGUGCAAUACAAAGUCCAAAGUAUGCUAAGAAAAUAACCAAGUGAUAGAUAAAGUUAAUAGCUAAAGCCUUUUCUCAAUAUUUUCUUUAAUUGUACCAUGUGCUGCUGCUUUUAUGUUGCUUUUUUUUCUUCCGAUAUAAAUGUGCAUGCUUACUCAACCAACAGGAAGUUUAAAUUUUAAAGGAAUAUUCAGAAACUUCUCCGCAUAGCACACUUAAGUAAAUUUUCAGACUAUUUGAUUUUUAAACGAUAUAAACUUGUCAUAACUUGGUAUUACUUUUUCAAUAAACAACGAAU